AUGAGUGACCAGCUUCUUAAUAAAUAUGAUGAUUUCAUUGAGACUUAUGAGAAACUCUUCCACUUGAAUUCAAAUGAUUCUGUCGAAGAGAUUUUGAAUUUGAUUUCAUCUGUUUUAAUCAAAAAGUAUAAAGCGGUAAUUAUAACAGUAGUUUAUAAUUUAUUCAUGGCAGCUCGGUGUAAUUAUCAAUUUAUCGAGCUUUAUAUUAAAAUUUUAAACCAAUUUUUAUCUAAAUAUAGGUUGCCGAAUUCUUAUGUAAUAGAACUUGCCAAUAGUGUAAAAAUGACUUACUCAAACAAUCCAAAUGGAGGUUUACAAGUCGAUUUUGAUCGAAAAUCAUUUCCGAAAGAAGGAGAAAUAUUAUACAUAAUCAUGAACGACCAAAUUGACAAAUUCAAAGAAUAUGUUAGUCAUGAAUCAAUAGAAUCAUUUUCAGCGAAUAUUAGUGUCUAUCAGAUGCACUCACCUAUUGAAGCAUGCUGUUAUUUCGGAUCUGUUAACAUUUUCUUUUUCCUCCUUACGAAUUUAAAUGUCGCAAUGACACCAAAAUGCCUUUUAUACUCAAUUUUUGGUAGAAAUACAGACAUCAUCAAUGAAUGCAUGAAAAACAUUAAAAUGAACAAAUAUGCAUUAGAAAGUACAAUCGCAUCUCAUAACUACGAAUUUCUCGAAUAUCUUUUUAAAAGGGAUCUUAUUGAUAUUAAAAAUAUCGAUACCACAGUUUUAAGUCGUCAUCAAAACUUGAAAGCUCUUUUGCUUCUGUACGAAAAUGAUAAAAAUUCAAUCAUUCCAUGCAUUGUUUCAUUUCCACAGGCUUUAGAUUUUCUCCAAGAUAAGAGUCUAGAUUUAACUAGAAGAGCUCCAGAUGGAAAAAAUGUUUUGAUUUGCGCAUCUUAUUGGAAUAAUUUUGAUAUUCGCAAAUAUUUGCUGGACAAUUCAACAAUGAAAAUCAAUUCAAAGGAUAAAGAUCAUCGUUCAGCUCUUCAUUAUGCAGUUAAAAAUAAUAACAAAAAUUUGGUAGAGCUUCUUUUCAACCAUGGCGCAAAAGUUGAUAAUUUUAGUGACCAUAAGCAUCCUCUUCAUUUUGCAGCCAAACUUCAGCGUAAUGAAAUGAUACCAAUUCUUUUAAAACAUGGCGCGGAUAUUAAUAAAGGCUACGGAGUUAUGCAAAGAACAGCUCUUCAUAUUGCAGCAAAGAGGGGUUAUUUACAGACACUCGAAGUUCUAAUAAAAAAUCAUGCAGAUAUCAAUGUGAAAGAUUUUAGUCAUGAAACACCUCUUCAUUAUGCUACAAAAUAUAAUAAAAAGAAGCAAUUAAAUUUCUUAUUUCACAUGGUGCCAUUAUCGAUGCAAAAGCAAGUUACAAUUCAAUUACACCUCUUUAUAUUGCAGCACAAAAAAACCUUAUAG